AUGAAAAAAUACAUUGGAUAUGUUGCCCCAGAUGUUGAAGGAAUCCUCAAAGCUUUGUAUAAAAAAGCUAUCGACCAAGCAGUUCGUGAGGAAGAUAUGUGUAAAACGAUUACCAAACUUAUCGAUAAGUAUCAUGCGUUAAAAUCUGAUAAAGAUUUUCGUACGCAUUCUGGCUUAAGUACGGAUGAGAACAUCUAUAAAAAAAAGAAGAGUAAAGAUGCAGCUACAUUAAUGAAAAAAUCUAAAGUGUUACAGUCAAAGGGUCGUAGUAUUAUUAAAAACGGAACAUAUGUUGCAGCAAAACAACCUAAACAUAAAGAUAUCGAAGAGAACUGGAUUUUGGCCAUAGUUGUAGGAUAUAUAUCUGAAAUAAAGAGACGAUUUUUUGUGCCAUCAAAAAAUGUUUUAAUAAUUCCGAAGCCUGGAGAAAUGUGGCUACCGGAAUUUUCGCAGUCUUCAACAGUUAUAGCAUUAUAUCCGGGUACAACAUGCUUUUAUAAAGCUGAUGUAGUUCUUCCCCCAAGUAAAAUAUCAAUACCUUUAAAAUAUUUACUUACUUUUGAAGACGAUGAUAAUGCUGAAAGGUACGUUGAUGCACAUUAUGUUUUAGAUGUUCCUAAAGAAACAAAGUGA